AUGUCGAACAACACGGACAAGAAGAACAAGUCGGGCGGCUUCCAGGCGCUGGGCUUGAGCCCGCCGAUCUUCAAGGCCGUCAUGGCCAUGGGCUACAAGGUGCCCACGCCGAUCCAGCGCAAGUCGCUGCCGCACGUGCUCUCGGGCAAGGACGUGGUCGCGAUGGCGCGGACGGGCUCGGGUAAGACGGCGGCGUUCUUGAUCCCGAUGCUCGAGAAGCUCAAGGAGCACAGCAAGAAGAUUGGCGUCCGCGCGCUCAUUUUAUCGCCGACGCGCGAGCUCGCGGUGCAAACCAUCAAGUUUGCCAAGAGCUUGGCCAAGUUCACCGACAUCAAGUGCGGCCUCAUCGUCGGUGGCGACUCGCUUGAGCAGCAGUUCGAGCUUCUCGGCACCAACCCUGACGUGCUGGUCGCGACGCCCGGUCGUCUCAUGCACCUGCUCCAGGAAAUUCCGGAAUUCACGCUCGCCGCCAUGGAGUACGUGUGUUUCGACGAAGCCGAUCGUCUUUUCGAAAUGGGGUUUGCCGAGCAGCUCCAGGAAAUUCUCACGAGCAUGCCCGCGUCGCGCCAGACGCUCCUCUUCUCGGCCACGCUGCCGCAAGCGCUCGUCCAGUUUGCGCGCGCCGGCCUCACGGAGCCCGAGCUCAUUCGUUUGGACGUCGAGUCGCAGAUCUCGGACCAGCUCAAGAUCUCGUUCUUUACGAUGCGCACCGAAGACAAGCCAUCCGCGCUUGUCUACCUCCUGCGCGAUGUCAUUCCGUCGACGGAGCAGACGAUCGUGUUUGCGGCGACGCGCCACCACGUCGAGUUCCUUCACGAGCUCCUCCUCUCGUGCCACAUCGACUCGAGCUGCGUGUACGGUGACAUGGACCAGACCUCGCGCAAGAUCAACAUUGGCAAGUUCCGUGCCAAGAAGACGCCGAUCCUCAUCGUGACGGACGUGGCCGCGCGUGGUAUCGAUAUCCCGCUCCUCAACAACGUGCUCAACUACUCGUUCCCGUCGACGCCCAAGCUCUUUGUGCAUCGCGUCGGUCGUGCGGCACGUGCGGGUCGCAGCGGUAUGGCCUUCAACUUUGUCGACCCGGACGAGAUGCCGUACAUGGUCGACUUGCAUCUCUUCCUCGGCCGGCGCCUUGAGGACACGUGCCCCGCGGAUGUGCCGGGGUACACGCUCGCCGACAUGACGGUCGACCAAGUACACUAUGGGUGCUUCCCGCAGGCGAUUCUGGACACGGAAACCGAGUGCCUCAAGGAGACGCUCACGCACAACUCGCAGGUCGCCCCGCUCGUCAAGCCGGUCGCGCGCCGAGCCCUCGAAGCUCUCGAUCAAGCGCUCAAAGGAGGUUUGGCCAAGAAGGUGCACCCGCUCUUCUACAGCCACAUGUCGGACUCGAACGUCGUCCAAGAAGCGUACUUGGAGCAGCUCAAGGGCUUUCGUCCGGCGGCGACCAUUUUUGAAGUCUCGACCGGCAUCCACUCGAUCAAGAAGAACGCGCCGAGCGUGCUCAUGAUGAAGACGAAGCGCAAGCUCCACAACAACAUUAUCGAAAAGAACGUCGGCAAGGUCAAGGCGGCCAAGGCGGCUGCGGACGAGGACGAAGACAGCGUCGACGAAGCGCUCAACCCCGAGGAGCAGGCAGAGUUCCGCACCAAGCGCCGGGAAGCGCGCGAAGCCGCGGAAGCCGAAGAGGCCGCCGUGCCCGUCAUUGGCUCGAAGCGGUACCUCUCUGCCGCGGACCGCAAGAAGGUCAAGAAGAUGAAGCUGAACGGCGAGAACGUCGACGUCGACGCGCUCUGGAAGGAGAAGGAGGCGGCCAAGGCGGUCGUGUCCGAGACGACGGACGACAACGCCAAGAAGUUCCAGGACGAGGAAAACUACAUUGGCUACAUCAAGGACACGGACUAUGCCAAGGAGGAGGCGCUCAGCCGCGGCGCGGACGGCGGCCGCGGCAACGCGUUUGCACAGGCGCGCCUCGAAGAUGCGAUGCUCGAUGUCAACCCGGACGAGGCCGUCGCGAUGAACAACAAGCGCCGCCUCUUGCAUUGGGAUGUGCGCAAGAAGAAGUUUAUCAAGACGACGGUCGGCGAGCUCAAGAACGGGACGAUCAAGAAGCGCAACGACGGCACGCAGCUCUCGAGCAAGAAGCAAAAGGUCGGCGAGACGUACAAGAAGUGGCAGCAGAAGCAGCACAAGCGCACCAACAUCAUCGGCGCCGAAGAGGAGGAGCAAGGGUCGGGCCGGAAGCUCGAUUACCGCAACGGCAAGAAGCCUGCGGGCAUGCCGCGCGUCAACAAGUACGCCAAGUCGGAGCUCCUUGGCGAAAACGCGAUCCGCAAGGAGGAGAAGCGCAAGGCGCGGUCGAGCGGCGACAAGACCAAGAUGGACAAGUUCAAGCCCAAGCCCAAGCGCGGCCGCGGCAACGUGCCUGGCAAGACCCACGGCGCGCCGACCAAGAGCAAACUCAUUAUUCGUCGCAAGUAA